AUCGAAUCAUCAACGAGUGGAAUUCACUACCUCAGCACGUGGUUGAGGCUCCAUCCGUCGACUCUUUCAAAAGAAAGUUGGAUCAACUGAGAGACCACCAUUGCCAGGACUAACAUAGGCCAUCGAGCCUCCUGUCCUUCCCAAACUGAAACUGAAACUGAGUAACACACCCACGGAAGGCAAAUAGUGGGGGGGGGGAAUAGCGCGGGAUUUGGCCAAAGUUCAGUUUGUUUCUUGAAUUUCCAACCACUUUGAUGCAGCCACGACAUUUGGACAAGUCAGACGAGUCAUCUAACUUGUCGGACGAUGAUUAUGUUCCUUAUAUACCAGUGAAGCAACGUAAACAACAGGAGUUUUAAGUGUUUGAGGAGACUACGAAAAGCUGAAUAUUCUUAUGUUUGGAUUACCAUAGAAAAUUUGUGUGAGGGCUUGAAUACUGCCCGGGUACCCAGAUCAAAGGAGUUGAUUUUCUUAGGGGGCCACACUCAGAGCCUUCGACUUAAAGGCUUAAUCCACAAGGCAGUGAAGCAACGUAAGGAGAUGUAAUCCCAUGGUAGCUGGUGACCAACAGUUAUUUAUACGCCAUUUGUUCCUUUAAGAUCCUGGAGCCCAUUUACACCAUUGAUUUGGAACCAAGGUUUCCCAACUCCCCUAGAUGAGUCCUCCAUAUCCACCAUCCCGGUUAAAGCGCCAGGCAUCCGCUUUCUGUCCUUUCAUUUUCGUGAACAACAGUAAGUAGGACUUCCCUGGCAAAAUGCCAAAUAGUUGAUAUGCAUUUGAUCGUAAUGUGAAUCCUGAAAAGAAGUUAGUGUAUCAAUCGCUAACUCGACUGGUUAUGUAAACAUCAGAUGGAACGAGUUAUUACUUAUAUCUUAGGGUUGAUGCUCAACUUCGGACUACCUCUCGGAAGUUGUUCUGCUUAUUUUGUCUACGUCAUAGUCACCUACUAAGCUUGGACCGUAUUUGUGAAAGUUAGUGUGGGCUUUUUCUGUUAAAAUGAAAAGUAAAACUGUCUAAUAUCAGAUUCGGUAUACAACUUCAAAAUAUGUUAGUUCUUGUUUCUAUGGUUGAUAUCAAGUGUUCGUUUUGACUAUAUUUCUUACUGUAAUAUCAUAUCAGUCUAUUUGACAAAGGGAUCAUCAUGAAUUAGUUUUUGUCGCAAUAAUUAGCUAUCGGUUCAUUCAAUGUGAUUUGAGAUACAGUUAACAUAAGCUUCUCAACCCGAGAUAAUUGGGAUGAAAUUCACUCCUCACCUGUUAAAAAUGUACUUCUAGUGGUAUCGGGUGGAUAAACAAUAAGCUGAAAUCCAAACAAAAUUGUUUGUUAUUAAAUAUUUGUUGAGUGAAUGUUCGGUCAUUUAAAUACAUACAUCAGUUCAAUCCAAUAUCAGGUAAUUUUGUUUGACUGCUUCUGUUUAGAAGUUUUACAGGUGACCAAAAGGCCGUUUCAAGCCCGAAUAGUUACCAUUUAUAAUAAUUAUUAUUAUAAUGGCAAAAAUAAUAGUUGUUAUACUCGCACUAUUUAAUACCAUAUCUUGAUUAUAGUGAAUUCUCAGCACGAAGUUCGCGGGAUUUCACAGAUAUUCCCGUUUUAUGAUCAUUUAACUCGUAAAUAUUAAAAAAACUAACUGGCAUUCAUAGUCAUAAAUAUUUAUGAUCAGGCUUGUACUCAUGAUAUCUCAUCAUCAGAUCGGUUUUUAAUGUGAAUCUUGCAGUAAGCACUCUCGUUUCUCCAAAAAAACCAGGAAGGGAAUAUACGAACUACUAUUAUGGUGCCCCUUGAGUUUGUCAGUGACUAGAUUCGCGAUAGGUUAUGAACGUUUCAUGAAAGCACGUGGGUACAUGCGGUUAACUGACAUAGUGAGUUUAAGAAAUCCCAAAACAGGAAAAUUUAUAACAAUAAACACAUGUUUAGGAAAAUAUUGAGUCUAAAGUCUGAACAGACUGCCGCUUCGGUCACUUUUUCAGUUUUAUGAUACUUGGUUUGGUAGUGCCCAAAUAAGAUUUGAUCUCUUUACCCUUUCGAAAAUUAUUGAGGAAUUUGGGUAACCCAUCAACUGAUUACGAAUUAUUGUUUUGGUUUUGAAUCACUUUUAUCGUACCAGAACUAGGAAGAUAUUGCUGACUUGUUCAAAUCGAUGAAAAUAAAAUCUGGUUUAAACACCUACAACUCUGUCAAAACUACUGAUCCAUAUAUGCACUGUUGGACGUUUUUAGGUCCAGCCAGUAUAUUCAUUAAAAUGAGGCUCGUGUUGUAUAUAAACUAGACGAGCUCAGCGGUUUAAGGACUGAUGGGUUUGAAUUUCAAGCAUUCGAUCUCAGGUUCGAGUCUCAUUUCACCCAUUUAAAUCCAAAAAACUGGGUAAUAUCACCCUUUGCAUAAAAUAGUGUUCUCCAGAGUUUGAUCACUAAGUUAUCAAAACGAACUGUUUGCUUAUACCAGACGUAUAAACGUAAUUUUGUGUUAGUAAUAAAGUUUCUGUACCACUAGUUUCAUUAGUCAUAAGUAUUCGAUUUCUCCCACUUUAGCUUACUUCACUGCAGCGUGUAUUAGGUAAUCUUGCGUACACUGAAGUGCCUGAGGAGGAACUAGACCAGGGUAAUACAGCAGAACAAGUUGAAGAUGAUCCGGAGGGUAUGACAAAAAAGUCAUCUGAUGACAAACAUCAUGGACCUAAUGCCCAGGGUAGUUUAUUUGAUAGAAUGUGGGAAUUAAAGCGAAAAGCUGAAGGUAUACUCGUCUGGAGUUUUUUGUUGACAUAAUUUAGAAAGGAAGGAAACGGAACGGGAUAAAAAAUUAAAGGAAGAAGCUAAGAUUUUAGAAAGUGUUGCUGAAAAGACCGCUUUAAAAGGUGUUGCAGAAUUAGCAAAAGGUAUCCAGUAUGAUAAACCAAUUCAAACCAGCUGGGUACCACCUGUAUAUAUCCGGGAGCAAAGUGAAGAGAAAUCUGCAGAAAUCCGCAAAAAGUUUCGAAUUUUAACUGAAGGUGAUGAUGUACCUGCUCCUAUUCGACAUUUUAGUGAAAUGUGUUUUCCAAAGGCUUUAAUUGAUUUACUAAAACUACGUGGAAUAACAAAACCUACACCGAUUCAAAUGCAAGGUUUACCAGCUGUAUUAAGUGGUCGAGAUAUGAUUGGAAUUGCAUUCACCGGCUCCGGAAAAACAAUGGUGUUCUCAAUACCAGUUAUAUUAUUUUCUAUGGAUCAAGAACAGAAAAUUCCAUUUAUUCAAAAUGAAGGACCUUAUGGUUUAGUUUUAGGUCCAUCUCGUGAAUUAGCUCGACAAACACAUGAAGUAAUCUGUAGCCUUAUUGAUGGUUUAGUCAAAGCUGGUUUCCCGUCUAUUCGUUGUUGCUUAUGUAUUGGUGGCAUGGCUGUUAAAGAACAAGCAGAUAUUGUUAAAAGAUCUGGUGUUCAUAUUUUAGUUGCUACACCAGGUCGUUUAAUAGAUUUACUUCAACGUAAAAUGAUUAAUUUAGAAGUAUGUCGUUAUCUUGUUUUGGAUGAAGCUGACAGAAUGAUUGAUAUGGGUUUUGAAGAAGAAGUCCGAACUAUAUUCUCCUAUUUUAAGGGACAACGUCAAACACUUUUGUUCUCUGCUACUAUGCCGAAAAAAAUACAAAAUUUCGCUAAAUCAGCCUUGGUGAAACCCGUCACUGUUAAUGUUGGUCGAGCUGGAGCAGCUAGUAUGAAUGUCACUCAGGAAGUAGAAUAUGUGAAACAUGAAGCGAAAAUUCCUCAUUUACUUGAUGCUUUACAAAAAACUCCACCUCCUGUUAUUAUAUUUGCUGAGCGUAAACAAGAUGUGGAUGCUAUACAUGAAUAUCUUCUUUUGAAAGGUGUUGAAGCAGUUAGUAUUCAUGGUGGAAAAGAUCAAGAUGAACGUGUAUCAGCUGUUACAGAAUUUAGAGCUCAUCAUCGUGAUGUCUUAGUUGCUACAGAUGUGGCUAGUAAAGGUUUGGAUUUUCCAGAAAUUAAUCACGUGAUCAACUAUGAUAUGCCUGAAGAUAUUGAAAAUUAUGUACAUCGCAUCGGUCGUACUGGUCGUGGUCAUCAACGUGGGUUGGCCACAACAUUUAUCAACAAAUCAGUGGAUGAAUCCACUUUAUUAGAUUUAAAGCAUUUACUCAUAGAGGCUAAUCAACCUGUGCCAGAAUUUCUUGUUGAAUUGGCAUCAGCUACUGAAGUUGAACUUGAAAUGGGUGGUGAAGUUGGCUGUGCAUAUUGUGGUGGUUUAGGUCAUCGUAUAACACAUUGUCCAAAAUUAGAAGCAAUGCAGAAUAAAGCUGCUAUUAAUCUGGGUCGUAAAGAUUUCUUGUCUUCUGCAGAUUAUUAACAAAUUAUCAUUAUUAUCAUUAUCAUCUGAUAAGCUGAAUACAGCCAAACAUUUGAUAGUUACUGUAAAUAAUUCAUAAAUUUAAUUUGUAAAUAAAAUCUUCAAUUGACGUUCAUGCUUUUUCUUUUUCCUUGUCUUGGUUCAAAAGCUUAAAUUUCAUAUUUGUUUUUCUUCAAAAUCAUGAAAGAAAUUGUCUCAAGUUUACUAUACUGUUAUAUUACUGCAUAUACUAUAUUUAAUCAUAUCUAAAUACUGUGAUUCACAAAUGAAAGUUCAUUUUUGGUCUGUAAAUUGUCAGAAUAUUUUCUUUGUAAAUAUUUUCUCGGUUCACAUUUAGUUGUACUGUAUACACGUUUUUUUUACUACUUAGAAACCAAUAGUUCUAAAAUAAAUCGAAUGAACUUCGAUCUGAGAAGAAGGGAUUUACUGAUUUAGUCACCAUACUUUACUGAAUUCUUUACUUUCCCUUGGCAAUUUUACUCAACCACUUGGGUUCAAUUCCCGUUAGUUCGAUGAAUGGGCACGAUAUGAAUCAUGACGAGAUAAAACUCCAGUCUCAUGCCUCCUGUUUUUUAUUUGUUUUGAUAUGUUUCGUGAAAUUAGUUAGUAUUGUGGUGAACGAGAACACAAGUGGGGACAAUCGAAUGUAUUUGAAUAUAAAAUUACAGAACAUCUUAGUAAAAUCUGAGAACCAUACAGUAUUUAAUUGAUUUGCAAAAUGUCAAUCAGUCGUCUCAGACUUCAUAAUAAUUUUUUUAUUUCCCAACUAAUCAUUCUCUGUUCUUGUUCUCUUUCCUUUCAUCUUCUUAACCUUCUGCCACCAGACAUUUC